ACCGAGUGGCAGAAAACAGGUGGUAAAAUCUUCCCCCCUGGUCCUUCCUGCCUCCAAUCCAGAAAGUCCAGUCCAGUUUUCUGACCCCCCCUCAUUCCCUACCCACUUUGCCUGGGCAAAUAUAUAAAGGGCAGCCUUAAGAUUGUUGCACUUUGCAGAACAGGAUACAGCUGGCUUGUCUGCAGCUAACAGGUGAGUGGAGGCUGUAAGCCGGGAGGUUUUGAGGAUGGAAAGGGGCCCAUUGCUGCCUUUCAAAACUGCAGUCCCAAACUGAAAAGCUGUGAUUGUUUCCAUGUAUGUGUUAUUGUUGUUUAGUCGUUUAGUCGUGUCUGACUCUUUGUGACCCCAUGGACCAGAGCACGCCAGGCACUCCUGUCUUCCACUUCCUCCCGCAGUUUGGUCAAACUCAUGUUCGUAGCUUCAAGAACACUGUCCAGCCUUCUCGUCCUUUGUCAUCCCCUUCUCCUUGUGCCCUCAAUCUUUUCCAACAUCAGGGUCUUUUCCAGGGAGUCUUCUCUUCUCAUGCGGUGGCCAAAGUAUUGGAGCCUCAGCUUCAGGAUCUGUCCUUCCAGUGAGCACUCAGGGCUGAUUUCCUUAAGAAUGGAUAGGUUUGAUCUUCUUGCAGUCCAUGGGACUCUCAAGACUCCAUGUAUGUAGCCUCCAACAUUUCUCUGGUGAAAAUGGGGACAUCCCAAUGUUUAUCCAAUGAAAAUAGGGACGUCAUAAGGAGAAGUGGGACAUUCCGGGAUCAAAUCAGAAACCGGGACGGCUUCUGUAAAUCAGGGACUGUCUCUGGUAAGUAGGGACACUUAGAGGGUAUGUGUGUAGAGUUCUUAUCAGUGGUGACUGCCUUCUGAUAGCAAUGUCCUUCCAGAGUGGUAGCCAUUGCAGGGGAAAGCGUGGAGUCUUGUGGCACCUCAAGACUAAGAUUUUGUGGGCAAGAUGCAUCUGAUCUCUUUAGCUGAGUUACCUCAAGUGGGGCCAUUUCAUUUGUGCGAUGAAAUGGAUCCUUCCAGAAAUAGUCAACAAGGCUUUAUUGCAAUCCAGCUAACCUUCUCAGUCUCACACAAAGAAGGUGUGUGCAUGUAUUUGCACAAUCUCUCCCUUGUCCUGCUUUUGUGCCUCAGAUUCGCCAUCAGUUUCCAUCCAGGUGGCUGAGAGGAGUGUGGUUCUGUACACACCAUACAUUUAAAGUAUGUUGCUUUCCCCAAAGAAUCUUGGGAACAGUAUGCUGCCCCUCAGAGAACUACAAUUCCCAACACCCUUAACAAACUACCGUUCCCAGGAUUCUUUGGGGGAAGCAUUGUGCUUUAAAUGUAUGGUUCAUACGCAGCCGAAGUGUGAGGCUGGUGGCAGAGUUCUAGGUCUGUGGUACGGAGGGUUGAAGAAAAACAACAGAGGCUAAACUUCAGGAUGGCAGUGGAUAAUAUUCAAUUCUCAUUCAAUGAGAAUACCAGGCUAAAUGUGCACGAAAAUUGCAUCUGUUAGUGAAAAUAACAUUUAGAAAUGCUUUAUAGUUGGGGAGAUUGCUUAGCAAAACUGCAUGCAAAAACUGGUAUAUUAGAGGGGAAAUUGCCAAUGAAUUUUCAUGAAGACUUUAAAAAAUCAAAUCACAAACUGAUGUGGAGAAGUGAACUUAAGUUUGGAAAAAUGAGAAGUGUGAAUUUUGAAGGAUGCCUGCAGUUCACUUCACAUAUUGGUUUGAAGAAGCAUAAAUGCACCUUUAAAUGUUCUAUGUCUGGUUCAGUGCUUAUCAUGUUGAUAGAAUAUAUCCCAAAAUUUCCAUUGAAAUGAUGGUAUAUGGUGAUGUAGCGUAUUUUAGAGAAGCUGUCUGGAACAUGAAACCAGUCAAGAGAACCUAGGAGGCCAUUACUGCCUGGGAGUAGACACCAUAGAGCACGAUUUGUUUUACUUCAGAGUAAACACACAGGAAACGCAUUUGUUUUUAAGACAGAAAAUUGCCUGCAAAACCACCUUUCUCUCCAGCUAAAAUUCACACACUGACUACAAUGCACAAAAAGCCUCUGAAAUGAAAAUAACCAAUAUUUACUAAUUUCCAGGUACUGAACAUUAAAAUGACAAUAAAAUGUGUCAAUUGGUUCCUGUUUAGGAGAUACAAAGAUGGUCAUACCUUGAGCGCAUAAUUUCAUUUGGCAUCACUGUAUUAUUUGAAGAGAAACACUUAAUAUCUUUAGGUGCCAGGCAAAACAUUUCUCUUCAACCAGGCAUUUGGCUGAUUAACAUUCUAUGGCUUUUGAAAUGUGCUUGUGGGAAAGAGUUAUUUGUUUGUUUUUGCUUUAUUAAGUAUUUUGUAUUCUCAUUUUGUAUUUUUCUGUUGUAAACCACCCUGGGAUUUUCGGCUGAAGGGUAGUAUACAAUUUUAAUAAAUAACAAGAAGAACAAUGAAGGCAAACAGCCUCAAACUCUCUCUCAAUAAGGAGGGCAGUCUGGGUUUCAAAUAAUUGAUUCCAGCUAAUUAGGCAACUCUUUGACUAAAUGCUCCUAGCCAGAACGCAAGUACCUCCAGAAUUCUUAAACCCAUUUGCAACCCAGUACUGAUUUUGGGCUUUUAGUUCUUGGUAGGGCCAUAAGGCAAGGUGAACUGACCACCUCGGGCGGCAUGGUCCCCAGGGGCAGCAGAUCUUGUCUCCAAGGAAUGCAUCGCUUGCUGCUACGACAGCGAAGGUUUCAGCACGCUCCUUGGAGGAUGGACCUGCCGCCUCCUUGGCAGCCCAUGCCACCUCAACAGUGACCUCUUAGCGACUAGGGGGCACUGCUGAUCUCCUCCCACCCCUAGGGAGAAGGUGGUAGGGACUGCCCUCUGGGGUCUCCUGGGGUCUGCACCCAUCUGCACAAUUCAAAGUGUUGGUGCUGACAUUUAAAGCCCUAAAUGGCCUUGGCCCAGUAUACCUGAAGGAGCGUCACCAACCCCAUCGUUCAGCCCGGACACUGAGGUCCAGCUCUGAGGUCCUUCUGGCAGUUCCCUCACUGUGAGAAGUGAGGUUACAGGGAACCAGGCAGAGGGCCUUCUCAGUAGUGGUGCCUGCCCUGUGAAACGCCCUCCCUUCAGAUGUCAAGGAAAUAAACAACUAUCUGACUUUUAGAAGACAUCUGAAGGCAGCCCUGUUUAGGGAUGUUUUUAAUGUUUGAUGUUUUAGCGUGUUUUUAAUAUUCUGUUGGGAGCUGCCCAGAGUGGCUGGGGAAACCCAGCCAGAUGGACGGGUAUAAAGAAUAAGAAUAACUAUUAUUAUUAUUAUUAUUAUUAUUAUUAUUAUUAUUAUUCUGGCAUGUUCCUGAGCAGGCCUUGUCCCCUCCAUGCUAUGACCUUUGAUUUCCUUUUCAACCAUUGGGUCAGGUUGAUUUGAUUCCCCUACCCCUUGCUCUUAGCAUAGAUAAUUUUGUAGUUCACCUCAGGUGCCAAAAUGUCCUUAGGUCCUUGGUAAUGCUUGGAAGUUGUUUGGCUUGGUUUGGUGGAGAACCUAACUGGUUCUCCUUCACACCUUGAGUGCUUUGACUUGGCUGGAAGGUGCCCUUGAACUGUGAUCUUGCUCGUCUGAAUGGAGGACAGAGAGCUGAAGGUUGCCUGUUGUACAAAAGUAAAAUUUGCAUUGGUUGCUCCACCCACGCUUGUCUCUGGCCCUGCCCACUGCUGGCAUAUGGCCCUUGGAAGGUUGCCCAGAAGGGAACGUGGCCCUUGGGAUAAAGAAGUUUCUCCACUCCUGGAUUAGAUGGUAUUUAGCCUCUGAUCUUCAUCCCCUUCCAUUAAACAGAAGGAUGUAGGAAGAACCCUACAAGAUUGCACCCAGGUAAGGUGUCCUUGUGUCCUACUGUGCGGAGAGCAGCCUUCCAACCAAAGAGGCGUCAGAGGACAAACUUCUGUCCAAGGAUAGCUCUCCAAGCCAAGUCCACAAGGAGAUCAAGAGGGGUCUUGUAGUGGCUCAUCAACAGUUAGCAACAUCUGGCCAUCUCCCUGGUGCCAUGCAAUACCAAAACUGGUGGUUUCCCUCUUGGAGAGGGAGGGCGUGGCAAUGUGUACUCUGCAUAACAGGUUUGAGUCACAGAGCACUGGCCUGUUCACCUUCCUCUCCCUGCAAAACAACUCUGGAGGAGGCAAUGUGGAUCGCCAGGAAUCCCUGCAAUGCUGUCCUGAGGGUAUAGCUAGCUCCUCCAGUUAGACCUGCCCUUUGUGGAGCCAGCUAGGCAAGAACUGGUGCCUGAGGACAGGCGCUCCCAGACUGGAAAAAACAUACACACACCAGACCCAGCCAGGAACUUCCUCUUCCCUUCAAAUCUCUUAAGGACUUGGGUUGUUUGGCUCCAUAUAUACCCUGCCUUUAUCCAUAAAUUUGGGGCAGUUUUUUUCUUUUUCUAAAGACUGUCCCAUCAUACAAAUCCCUGCUCUGUUAGGUCUUAAUAUACACAAGUUUGCAUUUUAAAUUAAUCUGAAUUUCUGUUUGGCCACCAAUUUUUUUUCUGGUUCUGAGAUGGGUGCCAUCACCUGGCAUCCUUGCAUACCCACCUCAGCUUCAGCACCCCUGCAGAAGACCCAGUGCUGAUGCCUGCAUGGGUUCCCUUAAAAAAAAAAAAAGGUUCAGUAUUCUAAGCAGUUCCGGGCAACUGAAUUAAAAUUUGUCCUAGUUUUUCACAAUUGGUCACUCUUGAGCAUUGCACACAGGCCUCUGGUGCUAUUUUAGAAACCUGAUUUUCCCACAUUCUAGAAAAUGCAGGGUUAAAUGGUUCUGAAAUAUCUCAGGAGACACCAUGAGUCCAGGAGGCAGCACAGGACUGUUUGCAAAAGGUCUUUCAAACAGCCUGAUAAUGUUCUUUGAAGCUCUGAUUUUCAGGGGUUUGAGGAUCAAUGCUGGGAGGGAGAAAUAAUUUUCAACUGAAACUACUGCUAAAAAAAAUUCACCACCACCACUUCCAUUUUAACAGCUGUUUCAAUGGAAGCUGCUUCCUUCUCCUGGAGCAAUGUGCAUUCCUUCACCACCAACUAAUGGCCAAUUGAGUGUGCUUUGCUCCAGUAAAGGAACCAUCAGGAACUCCCUUUAAGCUCCUGAUCGGUCCUUCGAAGCUUGCCCAAAAUGGAAGCCUGGGCUGGAUGUUCCCCAUCCCUGCUGAAGAGAACUGUGAUUUGCUCCCUAUCAUGAAGCACUUUUCCUGUGCAAGAUGGGUCGGGGUGGUAAGUUCACUCCUGAGCACCAAAUCUGAUCCUCCAGACCAAGGUUUCCCAAACUCCAGCUGUACUACAACUCCCACCAUCCCUAUCUAGCAGGACCAGUGGUCAGGGAUGAUGGGAAUUGUAGUUCCCAAACAGUUGGAGUCCCAGGUUUGGGAAACCCUGCUCUAGACCUUUCUAUCUGACCCUUGGGGCACCUCCCACUGGCCUUGCUCCAACUUCUCCUCAACUGUUUUUGCUGGUUAGGAUGAAUUCUUGGAUGCUUCUUUCUCACCUGGGUGGAAGAUAAAGAGGAAUGUGUGAGUGUGUGUAGACACUGGCCUACUGUAGAAAGGUAAAGUUUACAUUUAUUGGUCUGCUUACUUUUGCCUCUGGCCCCACCCACCACUAGCAUGUAUGUGGCCCUUGGAAGAUUUCCAGAAGGGAUUGUGGCCCUCAAGCUGUCAAAGGUACUCUCCCCUCCCUCCCACCUGAGACAGGUAGCAACUGUUCCUGUUUAGGUCAACUGAGUCUCGAGUUCCUUGAUAAAAGGCCACUGAGUUGAUUCAUUGGAGUAAAAACAUAGUGGUGUGCCUUCAUUGCAAAGGAAGUUUUGCAUCCUGCCCUGAGCUCUUCUGACUCCCAGGAAUGUGGUGGAGUUCCCUAAAACCUACGUAUCUGAGUCCAUACCUAUUGGCUCAGUUACCUGCCUCCAGACACACUUAAAAUAGAAAACAGUUACUUCUCUUCAUAUACAAACUGUUAAAACAGUGAAACAUUAAAAUCGAUUUCUAGGAAUGGAGUACAAAAUAAAACAUGUAAUAAAACUCAACAUUUCAGCCCAAAAGCUCACGUCAACCCAAGAAGUCAGAAAUGCCAUAAUCAUGGCCAACGUUGAAAAGACUCUCAUCUCAAAUGCUGUGUGGUCUAACCUGAUAAAGAUGGUCUUUAGAUCAAUCUUGCCAUUCAAUCUUCUCCAUCUCUGCACGCUGUUGGAUACAGAUGUUUUGGAAGGAGUACUGGCAUAAGCAUUUCUCUUCUAUGCAAACUGAGACAGGAGUGGUGGAAUCAAACCAUAAUCCCAAGUCUUUCCCAUUGGCUUUUCAGGAUCACCUUCUUAUUUCUUUUGUGCUUUUCCACCUUCUACAGAACCUGAGCAGCUGUUGCAAGGAACCUUUCCUGGGAAACAUGGAGGAGAAGAGCUCAUCUUUUGUCGUGGGGCUGUUGGUGAUGGGCAAUGUGAUCAUCAUGGUGAGAGUGCUGAAGCUACCAUGUUUGUAGGUAGAAGGGGAACCCCUGGGUUUUUUGGCUUAGAAUCUGGUGUCUUACCUGGGGCACCACAGCCCCGCUAUCAGAACUUGUGUCAAAGGAGAACUGGCAUAGCUCAGUGGUGGAGCAUCUCCUUUGCUGAUCAAAAGUCCCCAGUUCAACUGUCUGCAUCUCCAGUUAAAAGGUUGACGGAAUAGAUAAUGGGCAAGACGCCUGCUGGAGAGCUACUGCCAAUCAAAGUGGAGAGCAUUUGGGCUGUGGGCCAUUCCAUCUGCAGGUCCCCAGAUGUUGCAACAUCUGGGCACCCACAGUUGGCAAAAGCCCACACCCCAAAUGCUCUCUACUUUGGCCCUAAGCCUUGAUCUUUGACCAUGAUGGUUGGGGGUGACAGGAGUUGGACAAGUCUGAGGAUUCAAGGUUGAGCUUAGUGGAGAAAUAGGGUUGUAUCCAAUGCCAGUCCUGCUCAGGGGAGACCCACUGAAUUUAAUGAGGCAGGUCUGUUAUUUCAUUGGGUCUACCCUGCUGGCUACAGCUCCUAUUUUGAACCUCCCACAAGGCAGCUUGCUAUAUCACAGCUUUCUCAUAUUUAUGCAGCUUGCGGGACUGGCGCUUUACGCAGAGUCUGUCUGGGUAACAGCUGAUCCCUACAAGGUGUACCCCAUCAUGGGAGUUACAGGCAAAGACGAUGUCUACGCAGGUGCCUGGAUCUCCAUCUUCACCGGCUUCUGCUUCUUCUGCGUGUGCGUAUUUGGCAUUAUCAGCCUUGUGAAUGGCAACCGCCUGAUGGUGUUGCUGGUGAGUAAAGCAGGGAGGAGGAAGGGACUUUACCAAAUGCUCAUCUUCCCCACCCCCCAUCCCAGCUGGAAUCUCCUGCCAAUCCUUAGCAGUGUUUGGGGGACAAGCGAUGGAGUCAGCUUUGAUACGCUUCCCCUUCUGGUGGGAAGAGGGCAAGAUUGCUGUGGGUGACAAUAUGGAAAACUGAAGGCAUCUUGAAAGAGAGAGCUGUGGUUCGUGAUGUAUGUUCCACCUUUCCCUAAACCCAGAGAGAAGUGGGGCUGGCAUCAGUGGCUUCAAGCAGGGCUUUGAAACAAACCCUCAAAACUUCAGUUUGGACUCCCCAGAAGCCUCUUUGUCUCCAGCCUUCAUGUUCUGCCUUGGGAAAGGAAGGUUGGCUUGCUAAGGCCCUAGCGGUCAGCAGUCUCCCUACCCGCUCACCUGGUUCUUUCUCCUUGUCUUCAGUAUCUGGUGCUGAUCCUGGUUGUCUACUUAUUUGAGUGUGCUUCUUGCAUCACGUCCUACACGCACCGUGACUAUGUAAGUACAAGCAGACCAGGGAGAGUCGCCCAACUGUGCCUGCCGCUGGCUGGAACUUGGCUCUGUCCAGUUUGAGAGAAAGGGUGGAUCUGUGUCCAGCCCACUAACCCCCAACCUAAUUUUCAGGUAGUGGCUGCAUCACCACAGGGAGGUGACUGGGCUGAACACCAGCAAAGGCAGAGCAGUUUUAAUUCUUAUCACAGCACUGGGCUAAGCAGAGAAAUGUUAGUCUCUCUGCUCUGUCCAGCACUAUGAUCAGGAGGAAAAAUCACCCAGUCCCUGCUCAGCAGAUGAUCAAUCUAAUGAUUGGGGAGGGGGGAAUAACCUUCCCUUAGCUAAUCAACAGUGUGUCUUCUGUGUGUGUUUGUAGCGAGCACCCAAGACACAACCACAUGUGACCUUUGAUAUUUCAUUGGGGGACUUUUCCUUUGUUUUUGUUUUGUUUUCCUCCCUUCAAAUUCCAAGACUCUGUUUGUCCUCCUGGCCUUGUGCUCCUUCUUGGAAAAGCCCAGAGGAGCCACAGAUACUGUCAGUAGUGCUGGUUUCGUUCUGCAAACUGAAUUGCACUUGUUGCAAUUUUAAUCUGAGAACCAGCCGCCCAGUUUUUGGCCUAUGCCCUUUGUGCAUAAGUGCAAAGCCCUCAUUUGGAUGGACCAUUGCCACAUGGAUGGCGCAGAUGAGACUAAUGCACUGGACUGGUCCUCUUGAAGCAUCCUCUGAACCAGCCCACUGUCUCUUAUGAGCCUAGGCUUUGCCAAGGGGGGGGCAGCUGCCCCCUAAAUAAAGUAAAUAAAUAGAAAUACUUAACUAACAGCUCAGUUCUGCCCCCUCCCUUCAGCGUAAAUCCUGGCUACUCCCAUGGUCCAGGUAGUUAGCAUUUCAAGCGCUGAAGCCUUUACAAAGAGGUUUUACAAGUAAAGCUAAAUUAGUUGGAGUUACUUUUUACGUGUCCCAGUUAGGCUGCAACCAUGGGAGCCUGGUGCGUAUAUUCUUGAAAAAUAUCAGAAGUAAGUGGGCUGUUACGUUUUUUUAAAAGUCUAUUUGGCCUAAUAAACUAAACACCUUAAGUGAUCCCAUUUCUCUCAUUGUAGAGAACCAACAAAACCUAGGGUCACAUCCAUACCACCCAUUAAAGCACAUUUAUAGCACUUUAACAGUCAUGGCUUCCUUGAAAGAAUCCUAGGAAAAUUAAGUUUACUCCUCACAGAGCUUAAAUUCCUGGCAUCCUCAACAAACUACAGUUCCCAUGAUUCUUUGGGGGAAGCCUAUGAUUUGUUUUUGCCUAAUCCCAUGAUCCCCCAUGAUAGUUUUUUCCUAACCCCAUGCUCAUUUAAGGCCUGUCACUUUUCUUCUCUGCCAGAAACCAUUGUGCCAUGCAUUUACACAAUCCACGUUCUUUACAAGCAGAAUGUUCAGAACAUAUGGGUCUUGUAAAGGCUGUGGGUGCUGGGGAAUGUGGCUGACCAGCAUUCUCUCUCCCUUCCCCACCCAAGGUGGUUUCGAAUUCCAAGCUAAUAACAAGACAGAUGUUGGCCUUCUACUCGGCGGACACUGACCAAGGCCGGGAACUCACCCGCAUGUGGGAUCGUUUCAUGAUGGAGGUAACCUGCCCCUUCCCAAACUACCACCUCUGGGUGGAGCAGAACUGCCAAGAGCUGACCAGCUUAUUGUUGUUGUUGACAACAAUUUGCUAAUGCUUCAUCAAGCAGCACAAGAGAUGUUGCCUUGGCAUGCUGCAGCUGGGGAAUCAUAGUCUUGUAGCGUUGGAAGGGACCAUGAGGUUCAUUGAGUCCAAACCCCUGCAAUGCAAGAAUAUUUCACCCAAUGUGGGGCUAGAACCCACAACUCAAGAGUCUCAUGCUAUCCCUCAAGAAGCCUGUCACCCUCCUAGGCUACCAGUUUCCUCAUACUGGUUUAGGCUGAUGUGAGUUGGAUAUCAAUAUCUGGAGGGUUAUAGGUUGCCCACCCCGGUGUAUGUCCACAUAAUCUUCUUCCUGCCUACCUCCUAAUAUAGGAACCUACCAUAAGCGAUGGGAGCAUCGGGGCAUAGCACAUCCAUGUUUCUGAAGGCAGUUGUUCUCUAUGUACAUGCAAAGUCUAGAUCUGCUAGAAAACUGAUUACAUGUUUGUACAAGGCCCUCUUGAAUAGGAACUUGAGAAGCUGCUUUAUGCCUUUGGGUCAGACUCUUGGCUCUCCUAGGCUUUGGACAGAAGUAUUUGCCUUCUCAUCCCCUGAUCAUUUCCACUGAAAACUUCCGGGAUUGCUUCUGGGCCAUCUGCAUACACGAUGUGUGUCAGCUCUUCUGCAAUCGACUGCCCUCCAUACAUUUUGGACUACAACUCCCAUCAUCCUUGACCAUUGGGCCAUGCAGCCAGGGGCUGAUGGGCGUUGUAGUCCAACAACCUGGAGAACACCAGAUUGGAGAAGACUGACAUUUGAUCUUCUUCUGAACUGCAGCCCUUCCCAGAUAUUUCUAGGAAGCCUGAACAGAAUAGCCUCUCCCCAUAUGAACCAACCCAGACCCUGCAAUCAUCAUGUGAGCCCCUUCUUCGUGUGCCCCUUCCCAGAGAAGUCCAGAGGGUGGCAACAUGAGAAUGAGCAGUGGAUCCUCGGUUGUGGAAUGCUCUCUCCAGGGAGGCUCACCUGACACCAUUAUUAUACCGUAUUUUUCGCUCUAUAAGACACACCAGACCACAAGACGCACCUAGUUUUUGGAGGAGAAAACAAGGGGGGGGGGAUUCUGAAUCUCAGAAGCCAGAACAGCAAGAGAGAUCGCUGUGCAGUGAAAGCAGCAAUCCCUCUUGCUGUUCUGGCUUCUGGGAUAGCUGCACAGCCUGCAUUCGCUCCAUAAGACACACACACAUUUCCCCUUACUUUUUAGGAGGGAAAAAGUGAGUCUUAUAGAGCAAAAAAUAUGGUAUAUCCUUAGGCACCAGGCGAAAACUUUCCUCUUUAACUAGGCCUUUGGCCUUUAACUGUCUGUGGCCUUUCAGAAGUAGAAGGGAUAUUUUUAAUGUAUUUCGUUAAAACCAAGAAGAAAUGUAUCUGUGUGGAGUUUUUUUGUCUGUUUGGUUGGAAGUCACUUUGAGUUGCCUUGGAAAAGAUAAAGUGACUAACAGAUUCAAUAAAUAAUAAUAGCCAGGGAAGGCAUAGCAAACAAGCAAGGGGUCCUCUGCCCAAAUAGCUACCGCAGUACGAGGUGUUAACACUAACUGGGAUGCUUUUUCCACCUCCAGCAAAAGUGCUGUGGCGCCAAUAAUCCCAUGGAUUGGGUGAACUACACCUCGGUCUUCAGAAGCAGGUACUCUGAGGUGGUGGCCCCUUGGCCCUUCUACUGCUGCAAGCGUGAUCGCAACUUUGUCAUGCUCAACGAAGAGGGCUGCAGACUGGGUCACGUCGACUACAUCCAUACCAAGGUACUGUGGUCCUCAACACCCUUCCCGAAGUUGCCUCCCAUUCCUGGGCAUCUUCAUGAGAAGUACAGAACUGUCUGCCCUGGAGCGAAGUCUCCCUCUCAAGGUCAAGACAGCCCUCCUUUUUGGCCCCCGGGGGCAAUUGUGGCACUCUCAGCAUCUCAGGGAAGAUCUCACUGGCUCUCCUCCCUUCCUCCCUUAGGGCUGCUUUGAGCACAUCAAGCACGCAGUACAGAGCUACGCCUGGGGAGUCUCUUGGUUCGGCUUUGCUAUCCUCAUGCUCACGGUGAGUCCUAACUUGAAGGGUUUGUUUGGGGAGGAGGUGGAAGGAAUUUGCUGCCACCAGAUGUGGGGACGGCCACCAGCUUGGGUGGUUUUAAAAAGAUGACUAGACCAUGGAGGAUGGGGCUGCCAAUGUUCACACCUAGUCAUGAUAUGCCUCCGAUUGCCAGUUCUUGGGGGCUGCAAGCAGGGAGAGUGCUGAUGUAGUCAUGUCUGGCUUGCAAUCUUCGCAGUGGCAUUUUGAAUGGCCAAUGUGACAACACAAUGCUAGACUAGAAGGGCCUUUGGCCUGAUCCAUCAAAGCAUUUAUGUUCAUGAAGAGAGUCAGUGGGCUUCUCUACACAACUUAUUCACCACUCAACCUGAUUUGCUUGCACAAAGAUCUCCUUUACAUUAUGCUGUAAUGUGGAACACUUAAUAACUCCUAAACUCAGUUGGAUUUAUUUUCAUUAUGUUUCAAUUCCUGUUAUUUCUCCCUUUGUUUGAAAAAGAGAAGCACGUCCUUGUGUAAUGACUUCCUUGUUGUCUCUGGUUCAGUCAGGAUUAAAAUAUUGCGUGCAUGUUUGACAGUUUAUGUGUAAAAGAAAUGAUGUGAUGGGUUACAGGAUCCUAUAUUUAAGUAUGUUGUGUACACAGCCCUGUGCAAGCCACCUUGAACUCCUCAGAAGAAGACUUCAAACAUGGGUGGCCAACCUUUGGCCCUCCAGAUGUUGCUGAACAACCCGGUCAUCCCCAGUCGGCAUGGCCAAUGGUCAGGGAAGAGUUGUAGUUCUGCAACUUCUGGAGGGCCAAAGGUGUGCCGAGUAAGCAUGGUGCAAAAGAAAUUGUAAUGACAUGGUUAAGGGAGGGUGAGUUGCAGUCAAUUUUGUCAUAUGUUGUCCUCUCUUCCACAGUGCCCUGUUGUUCUCCUGGCUAUAUACCACUACACUACAAUGUGAGGAAGCCCAGCUGCUCCAGCUGAAUUUGCCCUAUGAUGGGGAAGGGUGGAGCCAUCUUCCUACACCUCAAGGCAGGGCACAGCAUCCUGAUUCAUCCUUGCGAGGAACCUCCGUCGGGUUUCCUUCUAUAGUCACAGUGCACCAUAGCAUGUUCUGUAAGGCUGACUUGCUCCCCACAAACUUGACUGUGGCUGGCUGGUGUCACUGCCGGACACCUUUAACUCUGCCAUCCUGUCACUCAAGUGUCCUUUGGAGGAAUCUUCCUAACCUUCUUUUGUGAAACUUUUUUUUUAUUAAAAAGAAUGUACAAUAAAUAUUUGAAAUCCAGAAAAGGUA